AUGAAACUCGAAUAUUUUGAAGAAUUAAAACGAAAUCAAGAUGGUCUUAUUUCAUUUAAUGGUUUUCUCUCAACUAGCACUAAACAAAGUAUUGCUCAUGAAUUUGCUCAACGAUCAUUAUCAAAUGGAUUUUCUAUUGCUGUUUUAUUUCAAAUGCAAAUUGAUCCAACAAAUAGUUCAUGUCCAUAUUCUUCAUUAGAAAAUCAAAGUUCUAAUCAAUCUGAAUAUGAAAUUCUGUUUUCAUUAAAAGCAAUAUUUCAUAUUGAGUCUAUUGAACCAAUUGAAAAUAAUUUUUGGCAAAUAGAUUUAACCUUAAUUAAUGAAAAAGAAAAUCUAAUAUCACAUUAUAUUGAAAUCGAACAUAACAAAUUCAAUCAUUUAAUUGAUUAUGAAAAAUUAGGUGAAUUAUUGAUUCAAAUGAAUGAAUUCGAUAAAGCAAAAGAUCUUUAUGAAGUCAAUGUACCAGAUAUAUCUGAUCCAAAAUACACAUAUGUCUAUAAUAAAUUAGGAUUAAUUUAUACAAAUUUAAAAAAUUAUAAUCAAGCACUUUUAUAUUAUAAUCUUUCACUUGAAACAAAAUCAAAUGAAACUUUAAAUGAUUAUGUAACAAUAUCUAAUAUACAUAAUCAGAUUGGAAAAAUAUUUUAUCAACAAGAAAAAUUCGAUAAAGCACUAGAAAAAUUUCAAUAUGCAUUAGAUAUGCAAUUAGAACAUUUAUCAUCAACACAUCCAUCAUUAAUAAAUACAUACGAGCUUCUUGCAAUGACUUAUGAAGAAAAUAAUGAUUAUCAAACAGCACUUGAAUAUCAUGAAAAAAAACUUGAAAUUCAAGAAAAAACAUCUUCAUCGAAAAAAUCUGAUUUAGCUUUAACACAUUUUAAUAUUGGAAUUUGUUUAGAAAAUUUAAAUCGAUUAACUGAAGCAAUUGACCAUAUACAACAAUCAAUUGAUAUGUCACCUUUCAAUGAUUCAGAAUUAAAUAAUAGACAAGCAGUACUUGAAAGAAUUCGUGAAGAACUUCAAUAA